AUGGUGCAAACGGUGAACUCGAAUGGUUUGGUGACAUGUAGUGGUAGCAACGGUAGCAACAGCUCAAGUUCGCCCUUGAAGAGCGAGGUGACAGACCUGAGCCUUUUGAAGCCGGGGCUUUUGGUUUCGGCGCGGGUCCGUUCGGUGGCUGAAGAGGGUCUGGUGGUGAACUUCUGUGGACUCACGGGAGUCAUUCACAAGCAUCACCUGGGAGUGGAGAAAGACGAGUCGAAAGAGUCGAAAGACGAGGACGGAGACGCGAAGGAUUCCCCUUUCGUGAAGAAUCAGCAGCUUCUGGGGCGAGUUCUGGCGGUUCUUCCUGCGGCCCCGCCCAUCCCACCGAUCGUGCAGCUCACAUUGCUUCCGCAUUUGGUGGAAUGGUUGCCUGCAGAUCUUGAGAAACAGGCGGUAGGAGACCGUUUAGAGGGAGAAAUCUUAGAUUUUCAGCGCAAGUAUGGAUGCCGCGUCCGUUGCAAGACGGAGGGCAUGAUCGGCUUCUGCCCCAUGUCAAAGCUGGCAGAUCAAGAUCAAGACGUCGCCGCCGCUUCCGUGGUCGAUGGACAAGUGGCACAAUACCGAGUUUUGUCGUACAACUUUUUGGAAAACACCUUGGUUUUGACUCGAAGACCUGCAGACCUUUUGGAAAACACCUUGGUUUCCGUCACGGAGCUGGUGCCUGGUCAGCUGGUCACUGGCACUGUUUCCAAGGUUGCAGACCACGGAAUUCAUGUGAAGCUGAGCAGCUAUGUCACGGGGCAUGUUCACCUUCGACAGCUGACAGACGUGCCACUGGCCUCGGUUCCAAAACGGCUCAGCGUCGGUUCCAAGGUGAAGUGUCGUGUACUGCACGUUCACCAGGCGAGAAGGCAGCUGACCUUGACAGCCAAGAAGUCCUUGGUGCAGAGCGACUUCCAAUUGACCAGCAAUUCCUCGGCCAUGCUCAACAUGGUUCUGAUAGGAUACGUGAGCUCAAUUCAUGACUAUGGUGCUAUGGUCAGCUUCUAUGGUGGUGCCAGAGGUUCUUGGUCAACGAAAAAAAACCGAACAGAUUCAAUUACUUUUAGACGCGUCCAGUUUGUGGUGAGUUGGGAUGUUCGACUUAGGCGAAGUACACCCUCUGAAGAUGCUGCUUUAGUCUUCGCACAGCACGACGCAUACCCCGAAGCAAACGUCCUGUGA